CAGAUUUAGGCGAAUCGUUGAACCCUGCGCUGACCGUAUUUGGCCAUUUCUACUCGCGAAGACCACGUCUUUGUUGUUUCUUGCCUGUAAGGGUUCGCCAGUUGAACCUCUGUCGGCCCCUUCGUCGUGCUUUCGUCUUCAGGGCUUGAAAUCUGCGAAUUACCCAACUGAUAAUGAAUCCCAGUUCCGCCGCUCUCUGAUUUUCUGACGUUUCUCGCGGUUUCAUCGACUAAGAAUCUCGAUUUCGUAGUGUGAUUGGUGGUACGAAUAAUGGGUGCUUCAUCUGGUUCUAACAUCCAUCACCAGCCUGCAUCAAAGAUGAUUCCCAUCCGUCAACAGCCACGGCCUGAGGAGCUCCAGACAUCUCUUUCCUUAGUUUCAUCAGAACCCCGACCGUCCCCUGAGGUACCCAGAUCUAAUUCUGACCAAAUUCACGAGUCUCCUACUGAGAGUGCCAGUUCUCAGGAAACUUGGCCUAUUGGUGAUGGAGGGAUGGGGAAGAAGAUGGAAAAUGGAAAGACAGAUAAUGACUUUGUUGAGCAGUCAGUCAUUCAUCGCCUUUCUAGUGCUGAUAAAAUCUCACUUCGUGACAUAGCAAGAGAAAGAAUUGAGGUAAUCGCUGAAAAGAUGCAUCGCUUACCCGAGGAUUUUCUAGAAAAUUUGAAGAAUGGGCUUCGAAUUAUUCUUGAUGGAAAUGGUAGUGCACAACAGAGAGAUGAGAUUUUCAUUUUGCAGAAGCUUGUUCAGCGUAGAACUGAUUUAACUGCAAAGACCUUGAUUAGAGCACAUAGGGUACAGCUUGAAAUUCUAGUUGCGAUCAAUACUGGAAUUCAGGCCUUCUUGCACCCAAAUAUCAGCCUCUCCCAGACUACGCUCAUUGAGGUUUUUGUGUAUAAGAGAUGUAGAAAUAUUGCUUGCCAAAACCCGCUUCCGGCUGAUGAUUGCACUUGUGAGAUAUGCACCAGCAGAAAUGGUUUCUGCAAUCUGUGCAUGUGUGUAAUAUGCAACAAGUUCGAUUUUGAAGUUAACACCUGUCGUUGGAUUGGCUGUGAUUUGUGUUCUCAUUGGUCUCACACGGAUUGUGCCAUUCGUGAUGGAAAGAUUUGCGUGGGAUCUUCUGUUAGGAGCGGGACAGGGCGGACAGAAAUGCAUUUCAAGUGCCCAGCUUGCCAUCGGACGUCUGAGCUGCUUGGUUGGGUUAGAGAUGUCUUUCAACAUUGUGCACCUUCCUGGGACCAGGAGUCUCUGAUGAAGGAGCUUGAUUUCGUCAGUAGGAUAUUUCGUGGAAGUGAGGACCAGGGUGGGAGGAAACUUUUCUGGAAGUGUGAAGAUCUCAAAGAAAAAAUGAAGAAUGGAGCUCUGGAGUCUACAGCAGCUUGCAGAGCAAUAUUGAUGUUUUUUCAAGAGAACGAGACAGACUCUAUGAAUAGUCUUGAAAAUGGGGAAGGGGGAAGGUUAGCGGCCCCACAGGAAGCAUGCAAUCGAAUCGCGGAAGUGGUGCAGGAGGUUAUAAGAAAAAUGGAAAUUGUUGCCAAUGAGAAGAUGAGAAGUUGGAAAAAGGCUCGCCUGGAUGUCGAGGCCUUUAACCGUGAGGUUGAAGAUAAGGCCAAGGAAGCAGCAGAGAUAAAGCUGGACAGACAGAGAAAGAAGCUACAAAUUGAAGAGCUCGAGAAAAUUGUUAGACUUAAAUGUGCAGAAGCUGAUAUGUUCCAACUUAAGGCCAAUGAGGCAAAAAGAGAGGCCGAGAGGCUUCAAAGGAUUUCUCUUGCCAAAACAGACAAGUCUGAGGAAGAAUACGCUAGCAAUUACCUGAAACAACGUCUGAACGAGGCCGAGGCCGAGAAGCAGUAUUUGCUCGAAAAGAUCAAGUUACAAGAAAGUUCCAGAGCUUCACAGAGCAGUGGUGGGGCUGAUCCAUCGCAGAUGCUUAUGUAUUCAAAAAUUCAAGAUCUGCUCUAUAGUGCCUCUAAGCCAGACACAGGCAAAUGAAUGAGAAUACUUUGGGAUCAAGCCCUGAUGAAAACUAAGGUCUGAGCACAGUGACAUGUAAAUUAAAAUGUUUCAAGUUAUGUUUCUUUAUUUACUGAUAAUGUAUGAAGCUGUUUCUCACUGGACCUUCAGAUACUUGUACCGAAAAUGUAAUCGAGUUGUUAAUUACUUCUA